AUGAGUGAUGAAACUAAUUAGCCAAAGUCAAAUACAGUUUCAUCUUCAGCUUCAAAAACACAAAAUUUAAGACCAAUGUAAUAAAGUCAUUCUUAGAGUAAUCGUAAUCAAGAAAAUUCGCAAAUAGCUAAGAAAUAAAUUAGGAAUUUGGAAUUAAUUUAAAAAAAUAAUAGUGAAGGAUAAGCACCUUCCUCAUAAUAAUAAAUUAAUAAUUAAAGGACAUCUUUAAGGCAAAUUACUAGUCCGAGGAAUUUAUUGGGAUAAGUUUUACCAAAUUCAAAUAAUGGUUCAUUAUUAUCUUAAAAAUCAUAAAAUAGCAAUAACUUGUCUAAAACUUAAACCAAUUAGGCAUUUUAGUUUUUCAUUCCUUAGAAAGUAGAUCAGUAUUUGAUGUCUCAAAGUGAUGGUAUAAAUAGAAAUUAGUCUCUUUAAGGGUCAAGUAAAAACAUAAACAUAAGGCAAAGUCAGACAAGUUAUCAAAGCAAAAGAACAAAUUAUCAACUGCCGAAUGAAGUUUUAAGCAAUGAAAAUAUAUAGGAUGAAGAGGAAGAUAAAAAGAAUUAAAUAACAGACAAUAAUUACUUUAUUUCUUCUUCUAUUUAAAGGUUCAAAAAUUCUUACCAUAAUCCCCCAACAAACACAUUCAGCAAUUCUAAAUCAAAUAUUUAAAAUCAUUAAAAUGUUUCCAAUUUGCAAGAAAACUAGUUGCUUAUCAACUCGCCUACUUAGUUAAAGUUUAAUUAGACUUUUAAUUAGCAAUAAACAUCUACUUACAGAGUCGGUUUCAUCUCUCCUACAAAAGAAGAUAUUACUAAAAGGCAAUAGUUAAUAUAAGAAAAUAGCAACAAUAAUUAGUUUAUAAAAUAGAAGAUGAAGAAUAUCACACAAUUUCUUUAAAUUGGUGCUUAGCACGCUAACUCUUCUUAAAUGUAUUCUAGUGUAAAUUAAAGUGCAAUAAGUCUUAAAAAUACCACUAACAACAAUUCUAUUAUAAAUAACUUAAAAAUAGAAGUAAAACCAAAUACAAAUUUAACUAAUAGUCAGUUUAACAGCAGUAGCAAUAAUUCAACUUGCUUUGGCAAUAAACCAGUUGAAUACAAAAGAAAUAAUAUUUAAAGUGAGGGAGUUCAAUAUAAAAUUAAGAGAUCUUAUCCAAGUUCUUCUUAAAUAAAAUUUGAUAAACCUCCUAAUAUCUAAGAAUUUAUUGAUCGAGAACUAUAUAAAAAGAAGAAAUCUGAAGCUAGUAGUACUAGUAAAAAAAAUGAGCUUGAUUAAUUAAAUGGACUAAAAUAAAAUUAGUUGGUAGAUGAAAAAUUAAAUCAAAAAAUUAAUUCUAGAAUAACCCCGUUUGUUGUUCCUUAGAAUUUGAAUAAUUUUGAAAAAUAAGAAUUUGAUAAAAUAGAAAAUGUUGGAUUUAUAAAUUACAUAAGAACCAUCUUUGUGGAUUGUGAAUACAUGUACAAAGAUGAAAUACAGAAAUAAUUGAUUUAAUUGACAAAUCUUUUUGAAUCAGAGUAAUAUCAGAACGACUCAUCAAAUUAGACUCUUGAUACACCUAAAUGCUCGUCAAGCUAGUAAUAAAAUAACUUAAAAUAAAUUCUUAAAACAUCAGAUUUUAGAGAAAUAAAGAAGCAAGUAGAGAAACUACUUUGUGUUGAAGUAGUAAAAAAAAAGGAUAGAAAAACAAGUGAGCUUCAGUUUUUAAUAGAAUAAACACAGUCUUUCUAAGACAUUUUAAGAGAAGGUAUCAAGAGAUGUGCUGAGUAAUUAAAUAGUGAUUGCAAGAAUUUAAUUUUAGAAUUGGUAAGCAGUGUCUUGCUUCUUUAAACUAAAAAGCAUAUGAUGGUUGAAAAGAAAAAGAGAGAUGACAUGAUUCUCUUUCUUGGAGGGCUAAAAGACAAAGAAAAAGAAUUCAAAAUAAAUAUUUUCGGAAAUGAACAAGAUGUUGAAGCAUUCAGAUUUAAGAUGGGAGAAUUAGGUGAAGAGAAUAAACAAUUGGAGAAACAGCUAAAGCAGAUGACUGAAAAGUAUAAUCAGCUGAACCAAACCUUCUUAAAACAAAGAAGGGUAAGCACAAUAAUUAAGAAUGAAUAUCUAAAUCUGCGUAAUGAAAAUAAUAACUUGAAUGAACGAUUAAGCUAUAAAUAAGAGGGCUAAGAUAAAAAAGCAUCGAAAACACAAAUAUUUGACUAAACUUGUUCAAGCAAAGCGAUAUUUGGCUUCUAGCAAUCAAACACCCUUGUUGAUGCAUAAAAAUCAAAUUAGAAUCCAUAGCAAAAUAAAAGAAAUUCUAUUGAAGUAAAUCACUUUUUAGGUCUUGAAUUGAAGUAAACUACUGAAAAGUUAAAUGAAAACCAGUAAAAAGAUAAUCCAAAUUAGAUACUAUUAUAAAUUCCUACAUCGCCUAUUCUCAAAUAAGAUAAAACAUCUCCAAACACUCAAACAGCUAAAAGCUAAUCUGAUCUGAAAAAAUAGAUAGAAAAUUUAUAAGCAGAUCAAUAGGACAUAAAUGAAGAUGAUGAAGAUGAAAAUGACUGUGAUAUUGAAGAAAUCUUGAGAGAUGUCUAAAAAAUCACAAAAGUUGAAAACCAUGAUGUGCUAAUAAAAGAAGUAAAAGAAAAUAUUCCUGUACUUUUUUACAAUCAAGAGUGUCAAACUGACCCUAAAAUUACUAAUCCUAAGGCUACAAUGGUUUCCUCAUCGAUAUAGACAGAGUUGUAACUUUUAGAUCCAUAACUAGAUCAAAUAUUAGAUAAUGAAAGAAUCAAAUAAAUUGCUUAGCAAGAAGAGCUCAAGCAGUAGCUUUUAAACAUAUCUGGAAUUAGUGAAAGCGAAAAUGUAAAUAACAUAAGUGAAAUAAACAAUAAAAGUGUUUUACUAGGAGAUGAAGUUAACUAAAGCAAUAGUCAUAUCAAUACAAAACAGAUAUUUUAGAGAGUGAAACAAAGAAUAAGCAUCGUAAGAUUAAUAAGGGGUUUGCCAAUUAACAAAAUUAAAAAGCCAAUAAAUAAAUAAGAAAUUGAAAAUUUCACAGAAAAAAUUCAUGUCUUAAAAAAUUUCUUAGACUCAGAUUGCCCUGAAAGCAAUGAUUCAGCUGAAGAAGAUUAAAGUGAAGAAGAAAUAGAAGAAGAUGAAGUUAAUCUUCAAAACUCAAGGACAAAAGUCAAAAUUAAUGAAGAAACUCCAAGUAGCAACAAAAAUAUUACUAAAAUAGCAUUAAGAACUCAAAGAAAAUCUAGAUAUUUCAGCAGUGUACCAGGUGGAACACCAAUCAAUUAAACAAGAGACAAUUCUGUUGCAAGCUCACCAACAAAAAAAUCUUAAUAAUAAUAGCCUUCUACGAGUACUUAGAAUAAAACUCCUAACAACACAAAAAGCAGUAGGUAAUAAAAUUUACAGCAAGAUUUGCAAAUUUCUACUUUUGCUAGAAGCUAAAACUAGCAAGAGGAAGAGUCCUCAAACUCUCAAAUUCAAAUAAAUACAAAUGAAUCUUAUAAGGGUAUUAAUAAAAAAUCAAAAAUCAAAGAAGCUAACAGGAUUCUUAGAGAUAAUAAAUAAGAACUUAAAGAAUAAAUUUUACAAGUUGUUAAGCUAUAUAAUUUAGAGAGUGAGAAAUCUAGCAACUAUGAGGAAUCUAUAAAAUAACUCAUCGAAAUUAUGUAGGAGCUAUUCAAUUUUACCUAUAAAAUUUUUAAUCACGUGUAAAAGACACAAAAGGAUUCUUAUAAAUCUGUUGUUGAGCAGUUCUUUUAAUAAUUUACUUCUAUAAGAUGGAGGUUACCAAAAGAAAUAGAUCAGAAAUUUGAAGAAGACUUAUUCCCUUAAGAGGCAUUAAAGAAAAAACUUCAAAUGAAGAAAUAAAAGCAAUAAAAUUCUAAAAGCAAUGCACUUCGUUUAAAUUUUAAUACAAAUAAAGUAGCUUAAAAACUUACUGUUUAAGACAAAUCUAUCCACUCUGGUGUUGUCCUAACAAAGAAAGUACGUGAGAUAGGCCUACCAAAGAAGUUUAAUGGUUUUCUUCCUUUAAAAAGCGUUUUAAAGCAGAUAACUUAAAUUUACGAAGAUCGUAUUCGUUAAAUACGUGAAAGCAGAUUGUCACCAGACACAGAAAUGUGUAUUUUUGUAUUUAAUAAAUUCAUUCAUUAGUAUGGUUUUAAGAAUGUUGCUGAAUAAAAAUACUUACAUUUUUUAAUGAAUAUAUUAAAUUAUCAACAAAUAUUCCGUGUUAAUUUGUUUGGAAAGUUAAUUGGAGUAUUCUCAAGAGAUGAUGAAAACUAUAGUAUUGAAGAAAUGGAUAAGUACAUUUCUUGUUGGCAUUUUUUGAUUAGAGGAUCAACGAUGGGAAGUGCUAUUCCGUUCAAUGAAUCUGAUUUAAGAAUUUAUACUCACUACCUUAGGGCUUUAGAUCUAUUAAAAGUAAAGUUAGAAAAGAUUUUACCUUAGGAAUAAAUAAAUGAUUUACGUGCUUUUAUUGAGCAAACUAAAGAAUUUGAAGCUAAGUAAACCACCAAGUUAGUAAUAGAUGUUGAUCAGCUACUAAGCAGAGUUCUUGCAAAGUAUAGAUAGACUAUGAAUUCUACUAAGGUUUAUGUGAAAAAUGCUUUCUUGGCAUGCGACUUAGAUGGCAAUGGAUCUAUUAAUUUGAACGAGUUCCUAACACUAUUUAGACAUAUAGAAGCUGAUAAAUUCUCUUUUUCAAAGGCUUUUAAAAUGUUUGAGUCUAAUGCUGAUAUUAUCACUGAAAACGAAAAAUGUCUCUCUUUCUAAAAAUUCACAGCACUCUGUCUAUAAAAUCAUCUUUUCUUGGAUGCAGCAUAACGUAAAUUUAUAGGAGUUAGAGAUAAUUAUGAAAUAGAGACAAAGUUUUUGGAACUUAAGGAAGACUGGCCUAAUGAAAAAGUAAUCAUUAUGAAUUACGUGGAGUCUCUAAAGCCUUUUGUCUAGAUAGAAACAUACGAAGUGUGGAGAGAUGUGCUCUUAGUAUUGCAAGACAGAAUAUUAAAGAACGAAAAAAAGACUAAAGAUAAUAAUGGUGGAGGUGGCAGUGCAUAUUAAAGUGAGUAAAAAAUAUCUUCCAUAAAUAAUUCACUAAGAAGAAUUAAUUCAUAAGAAAAUAUUGUGUCAUCCGAGAAUAUAUAAAAUGAAUUCGAGUUCAACUUAAUACCUAUUCUAAUUGCUCACAAAUUGCUGAAAUAAGAGCUGAAAAGAUUGAUUGAGGUUGGACAAAACGAAGACAUUUAAGAUAUAAAUUCUGAUAGUAACGAAGAUGAAGUUAAUGAGUACGAAAUUUACGAGAACGACAGCCUGUAAAGUGCAUAAGAUAUUCAGCAAAGCGAUUAAAAAAAUAAAAAAAAUUACAACACCGAAGAUGAUCAGCUAAGCAUUGAUACUCCAGCUAGUUUUGCAGCUAAAAAGAGGUAGAUACUAAAAUAGCAUUAACACCAAUAAAACAGUUAAGCUAACGCCCCUAAAAUAGAGACAAGUGACCCUCAAAUCUAUCAGUUUUCUGAAAUUUAAGUAGUGAGGGAAAGUCCUUCAAGUUCAUAGUAAAAAAGAAUGAAGACAAAUUAAUCAAACAACUUUAAUAAUUCCUCCUUUUCUAGGACUUCAACAUUUUCAAUGCAAAAACAAUGA